AUGGCCUUCCAAGCCCAGUUCUCCAGGCUGGCUGUCGCAGUAAAGGCGUCAACUGGUCCUUUCAAUGUUUAUUUUAAGCCCAUCGGACAAAUCCCGGCAGCCAAUGCCAACGCCUUUCGGACCAAAUCAUCAUUCACGCCGAUCACUCAUUUCAUUCCCGCUACUCGUUCCCAUUCUACUCUGUCACCCCUUCGCCUGAACUCUGUUCGAUCGGCCACCAGGCUCAACACCCUCUCCGGUUUCCAACAACAACGAUUCUUGUUCGGAGGUUCCUGGCAUCAUCAGCUUGCCCAAAAAGAGAAGGUCGCAAACAAAAGCCCCAGCAAUAUCGAAGCUCAAAAUGCAUUCUAUUUAACGCUUCUGCGUGCCAAGAUGCCCGCUAUUGUCAUCGAACGAUACCGCAGUGGUCACUUUGCCAGUGACACCACCACCGAGGUUUUGGUACAACAAGCCCAGUCGCUUAUGGGCGGUGACGUUACUGCUGGCUCAUCAAACAACAACUUGAGCGCCGAACAGCUUCAAGCUGUUGGCCAGGCGGUCGCUGCUCGAGCUACUGGUGGCCAGAUCGGAAUGGGAGGCAAGCAAUUCGGCACUGGUGCCAAGGACGCUCCUCUCUAUGUUGUCGUGGAUGAGUCAGUGGGAAGCACUGUGUUCCGCUGGGUCAAGUUCCUGUGUAUCUUCGGUUUCAUCACCUAUCUUUCUUUGGUCAUGAUCACUCUGCUUAUGGAAUCCACCGGUGUUCUGAAGAACAUGCGCGGUGCGCAGGAUAAGGAAGCUCAGCCCGAGGAGCAAACUGCCCGCUUCACUGAUGUGCACGGUUGCGACGAGGCUAAGGACGAACUGCAGGAGUUGGUGGAAUUCCUCAUCAACCCGGAACGUUUCAACUCUCUCGGCGGUAAGCUACCCAAGGGUGUUCUCUUGGUCGGCCCCCCUGGUACCGGUAAAACCUUGCUCGCACGAGCCGUCGCUGGUGAAGCUGGCGUUCCAUUCUUCUAUAUGUCUGGCUCUGAAUUUGAUGAGGUCUACGUCGGCGUUGGCGCCAAGCGAGUUCGCGAGUUGUUUGCCCAGGCCCGUAAGAAGUCUCCCGCAAUCAUUUUCAUUGAUGAGCUGGAUGCCAUAGGUUCUAAGCGCAACGAGCGUGACGCUGCCUACGUCAAGCAGACCCUGAACCAGCUGCUCACCGAGCUGGAUGGAUUUUCCAAGUCUACCGGUGUUAUCAUCAUUGCUGCUACCAACUAUCCCCAAUCACUUGACAAGGCCUUGACCCGUCCCGGUCGCUUCGACCGCCGUGUUGUUGUCGACUUGCCGGACGUUCGCGGUCGCAUGGAUAUUCUCAAGCACCACAUGAAGCCGAUCGAAUAUGGCGAGGACGUUGAUGUCGGCGUAAUUGCGCGUGGUACCCCUGGUUUCUCCGGUGCUGAUCUGGAGAACUUGGUCAACCAGGCUGCAAUUCAUGCCGGCCGUGAGCACAAGUCUUAUGUUGGCUCUUUCGACUUUGAUUGGGCGAAGGACAAGAUCAUGAUGGGCGCCGAAGCCAAGAGUCGUUUCAUCCGGGACGAGGACAAGCUUCUGACUGCUUACCACGAAGCCGGUCACGCCCUUGUGGCCCACCAUUCUGCCUCUUCCGUUCCCCUGCACAAGAUCACCAUCGUUCCCCGUGGCAUGGCCCUUGGUAUCACACACUUUUUGCCUGAAAUGGACACGGUCUCACGCAAUUACACUCAGUACUUGGCUGACAUUGCUGUCUCCAUGGGUGGUCGAGCCGCGGAAGAGUUGGUCUUUGGCGCCGAAAAUGUCACUAGUGGUAUCAGCUCUGAUAUCCAAGGUGCCACCCAAACAGCACAAACAUUGGUCACUCGAUUCGGAUAUUCCAAGAAACUUGGCAGCGUUGAUCUGCAUACCAACUACGACUCCCUAUCCACUGAAACCAAGCAAUUGAUCGAGGAAGAAGUGCGCCGUCUCGUCAUUGAAGCCACUGAGCAGGCCGUCACCAUCCUGACCAAGAACCGCCACGAGCUCGAGCUUCUGGCCAAGGCCCUUAUUGAGUACGAGACACUAACCAAAGAGGAAAUGCUGCAGGUUCUCAAGGGCGAGAAACUCAAGAGGCCUCAAAUCAUUCCCAGUGCGCCCGUGAAACUUCCCGAGCCCCUGCAGCUGGCCAAUUUCAACCCUACCCUGGGAAGCCAGGAUGCGGAGGAAUAG